AUGGAGGGCAUUGGUUGCUUGGUGAGCCCUGCUGUUGCAUCACUGGUCUGUACGCAUUGUGGCCAUGUCCUCAGCGGCAGGGUGCUCCAUCACAUCCUCAACAAGCACCAUGUAAGGUGUAGCCAAGAAGACAUCGACGCAGCCACGGCACUCCUGCGCUCCCUGCAGCCUGAGGAGCCGCCAAUUGACCUCGGGCCAGAAUCAGGCCCACGUGUGCCUGUAGAAGGCAUCCCUAUUCUUGACGGUGUGGGCUGCCCUCUAUGCCAGGCUUGCUUUACCUCGAGCGGCAGUCUCAAAAACCAUGUUAUGGCAGAACAUCCACAUGAACCAGGGGCCAAGCAGUUGCCUCGACGUGUCAAGCUGCAAAAGCCGUUGCGUGGUGCUGGUGUCCGCUGUGUGGAAGUGAUUGUCGAGGAAAGCAAUGAUGCUUCAGCAGCCGACGUCAGCGAAAACGAGGAGGAGCUGGAGGAGCAGCAGCGGUUUAAGCAGUUCAUCUCAAGCACCCAGGCCAUGGCGUCAGAGGCUGAGGAGAAGCGCUGCCCGCACGGCGUUUACCAGAUGCAUCCGUUCUACGACAGCGUGGGCAUGACGCUGAUCCUGAACGAGCUGACCCCAGAGCAAAUUCUCAAGCUGGGCCACGACACCCCACCCGCACCACUUGCGGCGGGCAUGCAAGAGAUCUUCUGGGAGGCCCACGAACAAUUGUCCCAGCACGGUCUGGCGGCUGCUUCCGUGGCGUCCUUGUUCGGAGAUGAAGAGUUUCAAGUUCAGCCGCAAUCUUUACCCCAAGUAUCUCCUGGCACGAUGAGCAGAUACCUAAACAUUGGAGCGCGGCUGGUGCAUUUUAUACUGCUACUGAACGCACUGCCAGCCCCCGAGCCAUCCAGCUUUUUGAGCCAGGUGCUCACCAGUCGUGGGGAGGCCAUAACUACAGCUGCUUUGGCCGUGCAAGACGCGCUGGAUGCGGGACUGAGCGGGGAGGAUCUUGUCGAGCCCUUGGCGGCACUGUGGCUGGCACUGGUGAAUGCAGAGCUACAUCUGUUUGACAACGACAAGGUGCACUUUGUCAACGUGUUUUUGUUGUGCACGGCCGUGUCCAAGGGAAGCGGUGUCUUGCAGGACAUCCGGCGCUGGACCACAACGCUGGCCGGCCUGAUUUACAUUUUCAAGCUGUUUUUGCUCCGGUUUGGCAAGGCACAGCGAUGGGCCACUGCGGGUAAACUCAGGCCUUUUCUACAGUCUGGACGGCUGGUGCAUUUUCUGAGCCAGCGCAUGACGGCGGCUCGCUCUGCCAGCACGGCCGAUGGGCAGGUUGGAGUGGAUAUUGAUGUGCAAACGGACGGUGACAUGACGGACGAGGCGCUGCACACCAUUGUUUGUCAAGGUACUGAACUCAACGUGAAAGAGAUUGGGACCGCCCUGGCACAGAUGCGCAACGAUAUGAAGGAGGUCUUGGACACCCACCUCUUGCUGGGAUCGGAUCUGCGAGAGCGACAUGCUCUCGAGUAUGUCCGGCUACGGUCGAAGGAGGAUCGGACCAACAGGGUCAAGAAUUGGUGGGUGGGCCAUGGCAGCCCAGCUGAGCGGGCCCUAUUGGAUCACAUUGGCCAGACUCCGAGCUUGCGGCAAGAAUUUAUCUGCACGGAGCUGGGGCCAGAAGGAGCUGAUGAAGAGCUGACCUUUCGAGAAGACCGCGUGCGGGAAUGGCUUCUGUUUGUGGGCAAGUUUAACCAGCUGGCGGUCACUUACACCCACAUGGCUGGAGAUGAGCAGCACGCCUAUCGGUACAUGGACGAGGAAGUCAGCAAGCUGAUUUUCAUGUAUUUGCUCUUGUGCAAGCCUCUGGAGCAGAUGCUAACCAGCUGGCUGGAGAAGCGGGGCGCUCUUCAAACCCCUCGCGAUGGCGGGCGUGGAACCUACGACGAUGAUCAGGAAGAGGAGGAUCUAUUGGAGGACGAGCAGGAUGAAGACCACAUGAGCCACGACGAUGGCAUGACCUUGCGACGCGAGGUACAAGACGCUCAACGCCACUAUAACAACAGCCACUUGCUCUUCAACAUUGCGCCUCUGCAGACCAUGCUCAGCCCAGCCUCCAUCUACGCUGCCUUUCGUCGACAAAUGACCGCCUACCUGCAUCAGCCAACGCUGGGAGUGGCCAAGUGGCGACACGCCGUGACCUUUUGGAUGACAACAUUUGUGACAAACCGGCUCUUUGCCGACCCCGCGAGCACUUUGGGUAGCCUGAUGCGCACCCAGGCACAGCCCUUGGGCAACAUGGCCAAAGACUUCUUUGCUACCGCAACAAGCAACCAAUUGCAAGCCAAAAUGUCAUCACGUCUGAUGCAUCAGCUGGCCUCACAAAGCUGGCAUGCCUUCUUGGGUCUUGACCGCAAGCGCAGCGUGGCCGAGCUCACAGCCGCCAAGGAAGCUUUGGAUGUUCGCCACCCCAUAAGCUGGAGCGGGUCAUCAAAGCUUGAAGCAGACGGGCGCGUCAUCAUGGAUCCACGAGCCGAGCAUGAUGUAGCCUACAUGACCCAACUGGCCCAGCAGGCACGCAUCUCCUGGGGCCACGGCUUUAAAAGCCAAGAACAGUUGGAUUUGGCAGCGGCCAUCGACCAGCAUCGGGACGAGGAUGGCUGGCUGAUUGUUGUCACGCCGUUAGACAUGGACAAGACGCUUUGUACCAUGCCCAAACUGGGUUGUCACCCGCAUGCCGGCACGGUGCUGUGGAUUGUGCCUUUUGCGACCUCGGCCGAUAAUUUGCUGCAGCGUCUGCAAGCGGCUGGCCACAGUGCGCAAAGGUGGCUGGGCCCCUCGACGCCGGUAGCAGCUGGCCUCGAUGUGCUUAUUAUCACGACUGACAAGUUUGUUAACACGGGCUCUGACGCCCUGCACGCACGUGCUUGCUUCCAAGGCAUUAGGACCGUGGUUCUGGACGAAGCGCACACGCUGAUCUCUGAUGCCAGCAGCCGGAAUAUGAUGGCUCAAGUCGGGGCCUGCGUGGCCUCUGGCGGAUGGACCAACAUCAAGCGCGUGGCUUUGACUGAUACUUUAUGCAUGUGCGACCAAGAGCGGCUUUUUCGACAACUGGGUCAGCAAGCAGGGGGCAAACUGUACCGCCUGGAAACAAUGCGUCACAAUGUGGAGCUGCGUGUGCAUCAUGGCGACCAGCGGGCCUUCUUGUCGCACGUGCAAGGUCUUGUGGACAGGCAGCGGAUGACGCGUCAGGAGAAUGAGGAGCCUGUGCACAUGAUGGUCUUUUGUGACACGGUGGCCGAGGUAAAGCUGCUGUGUGACCAGCUGCACGCACGCGGCUAUGCAGCUUUGCCCUACUAUGCAGACUUGGAAGAGAUGGCGCAGAAGGACCAUCUGGCACGGUGGCAACAGAGUGAAUGCGACGUCAUCGUGGCCGCCAGCUGUCUGAGCAUGGGUGUGGAUCUGUUUACCGUCCGCCACGUGCUGUGGUAUGGCAGUGGUCAUGACGUCUAUACCCUGGUAAAGGAAGUGCAGCCAAGCAUCGCCGUACACAGUGAACAUGUCACUCGAUCGGGCGAGACUGCAGUGAUGGCUGAUGUAUCGCCACGGCCAAGUGCUGAACGAUUUGAUGCAGCCACCGAAGAGCUCAGGUCUGUGUCAGAUUCACCCACGGUGUCAGAUUCCGAGCUUCAGGCACAGCGACAGGAAGAAGCUCGGGCGCAGCCAGUGCAGAGCAGUGACACUCGUCAAGCUCCAGCAUCAGGCGUGACGUUGGCCUCUGAAGCAGGCUCGGCCAUGGCUGAUUUUUUGCCAAGGCCACGUGCUGGACGACUUGACGAAGAGGCCACGGAACCCAUCAUGUCUCUGCCAGCAACACCGACGGCAUCUGACUUUGAGCUUGAGUUUGAUUCCCUGACAGAACUUCAAGAAGAUGAUGUACCAUGUUCUUCCGUGCCAGGUUUGCGGGCCAAAACCACGUCAGGGGGUGAAAAUGUGCCUCGGCACGCAACAGAAGCUGCAGCUUCAAACGAGGCUAAGCAGACUUCCACGGCUUUAUUACCUCGUCUUGGAGCACCGCUGCCAUCUCUGCCAGUACCUUCGGCCUUGCCGAUGCGCUUGCCCGUGCCAUCUGCUCCCGAUGCCUUGUUACCACGGCCCCGAGCAAACGCGCCCUCGGCAGCGCUGCGGCUUACGCGUGUCCGGGCUCUGGCGGAACGCACAACUGCCCUAGCCUCACCCAUGGAGAGCUCCCCUGACGGUGACGGCCCUGUAGAUAUAGACCCUGCCGCAGAGGCCGAGACCACGCAGCACCCUUGCACUUUGUUGGGCAACCAAGGGUCUGGAGUAUCUGGCGCAAACCCUACGCGGCCUUCUGCCAAGCGUGUGGCAUCUGCUACAUUGCCCCCGGCUGCUUUAUCAUCGCAAGGAUGUGAAGCGGCGUCGAUGCCACGUCUGAGAUCAGACAAGCGAGCCAAGACGACGCGUUCGCGCCUAAUCCACAAGGCGGCGGCUGACAAGUUUCUGGAUGCGCUGAGGUUGAUGCAUGCCUAUUGCAUGCCAUGUACCAUUCGCCAGUCUCAAGCCGUCUGGAAACCUCAACAUAUCUGUCCCGAAUCAGACGACACAUGCACCCGGUGCCAUCUCGCGGGGCACAGUGCCGAUGAGUGCAACAUCGAUUUUGAAUCUGCCACACGAGAAUGUUGCGCCAGAUGUGGCAUGCCAUCUAGGAUCGGCGGCCACCCGUUGAAGCAUUUGCCGAGCUGUGCAAUCGAUAAAGGCCUUGGACGAGUCUUGAGCUCCAUUGUCCUCCUUGCCGACUGUCAUCCGCGGCUGCGCCAACUGGCCAAGCGGAUGGGAUACGAUCUUCAGCCCGGGACGCUGCAGACGCGACAUUUUCGCGAAAGAUUUAUCGCAUGGCUGUACUCGGAAGACAAGCAUCUGCCGGCAGGCCAUUGGCACCUUGUGGAGUUUGUGAUUGAAAGCGUUGAGAUUUUGAUCGGGGCAGCCGCGAGGGCUUCGCCAAGUCGAGGCAUUGCUGUUGCUGGCGGCGUGGUUCAGCGUGGGGCAACCAUCAGUAUCGGUGCGUGCAACAGUACCCGAGUCAUCGAGGAUCCUGGUCUCGCACGCUUUCCGUUUGGCCAGCGUCAUCAACAAGAGUCGCGGAUCACCAUCGGUCAAAGAAACUUUCUUUUAAAGCGAGCGGCACUCGAUGGCAAAUUUUGCUGUCCGAUCUACGGCUGCAAGAAGCGCUACCCCAAGGCUGAGGGCGUGAGACGGCACAUCAGAGCAAAGCACAUGGCCAUGGCAGAGAAGACUUUUGCCAAGCUGGGCGGUAUGCUCGUUCGCAGCCCCGCUUCGCAGAUCAACAACGCUCCGAAGUCGGUCAUUGGAGCGCCUAAACGCCGAUAUCCUCAUCAUCAAGUUUCCUUGGGCAAAAAUGCUGAUGCAUCGCGCGCCAAAAUGUAUCUGGAAUCGCUUGGUCUGGCUCUGGAUGAGUACGAGUGGAUACUGAUUUGCGGCAAGUGCGCGUACGCAUUGAGCGAACACCCAGCCCAGCACCUGAAGCGCCACUGCCUGAACGUAGAAGAUGCAGACAUAUCGCUUGCCAUGGACCUCAUCAAGGAAGCAACGCCACGAAAGCAGAGCUACGAUCGCUACAUGAUUGUGGCUACGCGCUACGUGCAAUACCUCUUACGAGCACGGCGCCGUGACAGCCAGCUUCCUGGUCGAAUCAGUGACGAGCUGGCAAAAGCUUUGGACGACGUGGAAGUGGCCCAAGGUCAAAAUAACAUUGCGCUAUCCGAGGCGUUGACCAACGUGUGGUGUGCCAUCCUUGAUGAAAGCACGGACAUGAACAACUUGGACUUGGAGUACUGUCCCACCAUCUAUAUCCUUUGCACGACGGUGAAAGCCAACAACACCUUUAAGCAGCCAAGCAGCUGGACGCCAACGCUGGCAGCCCUGUUGUGGAUCUGCCGCUUGUUCCUGCUCUUCCGCCGCCAGCUCGAUCGAAAUAGUCCGGGCGCGCUGACGGAUGAUACUGCUGUCAAGACACGGUUGACGGAGGGCCGCAUUUGCUACUAUCUUGGUAGUAAAUUGACCUAUGUUCGCAAAUGCUCCUCGGAGGAGGGCAAAUACGGUGUUGACGUGGUGUUUGAAACGCAGCCAGCCCCCGGACAGGAGUUUCAGGCUUUGACAGUGAAUGGCAUUCGUAUGGACGUGUCUAAGUUUGGGACAGGUCUGCGAGCUAUGCGAGCAGGAAUGAACCAAAUUCUCACCAAGGACCUCCUGUUCAACUCGGGGCUGGAGAAGCGAGUUUAUGCUGUCUUGCCCUCACUGCUUGACUCAGAUCAGUCCGGGCCCCCACAGUCCUGGUUAGGCCAGGAUUUGAAGGACGCUGGCGGUCGUGACUUUUACACAAUGCUGUUGGAGCACAUUUUGGAAACUCCAGAGCUGGUCAAGGAGUUUACCAUGCCUAAUGCACCCGGCAAGUUCAGCGUAGAAUCAGUGUGGCGGUGGAUCUGCUCCCUGCAAGAGUUUAAUCGCCUGGCAUUGACCUAUACACACCUGUCAACUGGUACGUCUGAUCGUUUGAGUGGUGUUGUUUGUUGCAAAAAAAAUUUACAUGCGCAGAGUCUCACCAUACACCUGUGCAUAGCCCCACCCGUGCAUGCGACGGUAUACACGAGCCUUUUUUAUCGCGACUCCUCCGCCAGCCCCAGAAAUGUCUUCUUCUCCGGCAACCGCUUGGCGUUUGUCGCGCAACAAGGCGAAGCUACAUUGAUCAACAACCCCGAGUCGCAUGCUACACACUACAUGGACGAGCGGACCAGUGCAAUUAUGAUGGCUUACCUGCUAUUGUGCAAGCCAUUGGAGGAGCUGUUUGCUGAUUACUUGCAAGAGCGAGGCGAAUUGAUCACGUCCUCGGCAAUAGAUUCCAAUUCUUUGACGGAAGAGGAGCAAGAUGAGCUCGAGGCCGGCGCGAUGGAGGUCGAAGAUUCGGUCGCGCCAAACACUUCCAGCCCUGCUGACGACCAGCACGCUGAUCUGCGAGCUUUCAAGCGUGUCGAACUGGAGGGCACGUAUGAGCUGCUAUUCAAUAUUGUGCCGAUGCAGCUCGAAAAACAGCUUCGACCAGGCCUAGUCUACCGAACCAUCCAGGCCGUGACCAAGCGAUUUCUUGGAACCAGCAUCACUGUCAGCGCAUGGCGGCACAUGAGCGUGGCCUGGCUGCGCACACUGGUGAUGCAUGAUGCGCCCGAGCUUUUAGGGGCGCUGGAUGUAACUUACUCUCAAAGCCAGCGUGGAGGUCGGACGGCACGCGACGUCCAUGGCCGCACGCAGCGCGACCACAAGGUUGCGUCCAGCGAAUCAGAGUAUGGCCACCAAUUUCUGUCCGACGAGUGGCGCAAGCUCAUCCAGCUGAUCAUCACUGUCAGUGCAUGGCGGCACAUGAGCGUGGCUUGGCUGCGUACACUGGUGUUGCAUCAUACGCCCGAGCCUUCAUUGGGGGCGUUGAAUGUGGCACACUCUCAAAGCCAGCAUGCAGGCAGAACGGCACGCAACGUCUAUGGCCGCACGCAGCUCGAUCACAAGUUUGUGUCCAGCGAAGCACAGUAUGGCCACCAGUUUGUGUCUGAAGAAUGGCACAAGCUCAUGAAGCUGGUAGAUGUAGAGGAUCAGAUCCAAGCCGAGGCCGUGGAUGAGCGUAUCUGCGUGCAACAAGUGGUUCAUAAACAGGUGGUCAUCCAGUCGUCUCGGGUCAGAAACGUCAGCACACAGCCACGCAAGGUCGUGGUGUGGGUAGUGCCGCUUCGUGAGCUUGCCAGAGACUGGUGCCGCCGCUUCGAGCAGGCUGACAUUGUAUCGCAGUGGGCUAAGAAUGAUGGCCGUGACAUGCAAGUCAACGUUCAAGUGAUUGUCAUGACGGUUGACCUUUUGGUUGGCCAUGGGAUGAGGUGGGUGCAAACACUCGUGCAGCAGAAGCGUCUGGCCAUGCUAGUGAUGGACGAGGUUCACACAAUGCUCGUGGACACUAGCUAUCGAGAGAGUCUAGUUCGCUGCCCAGGCCGGCUGGACCAUCUUCGCCAAGACCCAUCUGUCAAGUGUGUGGGCCUCACUGGCACGCUUUGCCCCAAAGAUGAGCGGGCUCUGCUCCAACAGCUGGAUUACACGGAGGACGCUUCGUACCAGACCUUUCGUAUGCCAACCAUGCGAACCGAUCUUCGGCUAGGGGUGCAACAAGGAACAACAAAGGCAUUUGAGAAGUUUGUGAAACAUCACUACGACAUGUUGGAGCGAGAGAGCCGCGUGGAUCGCAUGCUGAUUUUUUGUGACACGAAGAAGCAGGUUGAGGCAUUGUCGACUCAGUUGGCACGCCCGUUGGGUCACGAGCAGUCGCUGGCCGUGGAUGCUGACAUGUCAGCCGAAGACACGCGAGCCGCUCUUGAGCAGUGGAGGAGCGGCACGCAGAGUCUGGUCUUGGUGGCCACAAGCUGUUUGGGCGCGGGCUUGGACAUGCCCAACGUCCGGAAGGUGAUCUGGUUUGGCAGCGGCUACAACGGCUACACCUUGUCGCAGGCCUUUGGCCGGGCUGGCCGCGACCGACGGGGUGGCGAGGCCACGCUAUGGAUACCACCAGGCACAGCGGUUUCGGAAGACCUGCAGCCAUUUGCAAGCAUGAAGCGCUGCCUGACCUUUGAGCUUGGUUGGCUGCUGGAUGGUGAGGGCCACAUUUGUGCGGCCGCAGGAGCGCCGGCUUGCACCGUCUGCUCCAUGAUGCAACCGACCUUCACAGCGCGCCAUCCAAGCCGUGAAGCACAUGGGGCGCCAGUAUCACACGAGGGCCAGACGCGGGCCAAACGAGCGCAGUUGAUGGUACCAUCGGCGCCCAUUCAGUCAGACGACUUUAACACGGCUCUGCUAUGGAUGUGCACCUACUGCUGGGCCUGCAGCUGCAGCAGAGACCGCUUGGUUGCUCACCACCAGCCUUCUAGCUGCCCGGCCAUGAAAGGGCGCUGUUUUCGAUGCCACUGCCGCGGUCAUGGUAGUAGCAAUUGCCAAGUGACCUUGGGGGCGGGUGUUUGCUACCGGUGUUGGAGGCCGCAGAAGAUUGGAGGUGAGCAAGUGGUGGAGUGCACGGGGCGGGCCUGUGGCCAGCGCAACCGCGAGACCAUCCGGGCCUUGGUCGCGUCUGUGUCACGCAGUCAAACUUUGCACGGCAUCAUGCAGCGCAUGGAGUGCCCGGCUGAGCUGCUGGCAGUUAGAGGGCGGGACUUUGACCCGUCGGAGAUGCAGGCGCUUGUGGGCUGGCUGUACGGGCGCGUUGGCCACCCGCGCGUGCUGAAGCUUGUGAUUGAAGCGAAACGGCAGUUUGCAAUGAUGAAGUGA